CGUUAAUUUCCGUUAAGGGUUGCGAAAGACUUACCUAGAAAAAAGUACCCAAAAACAUCAAGUGGGGUAGACAGGAAAUGCAGGGAUUCUCUACGAUAAGAGCAGUAAUUUUUUAAAAGCCAUGUUAAUUUUGUCAAAUUUGUUCCAGCGAAGUUAAUGACAUUUGCAUUUUGUCAGGAAACCCAAAUUUCACUCUUGAUUCCCUUAUGCAGCUUUUAUCAGCCCAGUAAGAUUAAUCAACAUAUGCGUGAGAUGUUUUUUAUUAGCUCAGGUUGAUAUUUCAACCCGCAUUUUGUUUUAUGAGGAGAUUUUGGUCACAUAAUGAAGUACAUACAUUCAUAUUAGCCCAAAUUGCGACCGCUGUCAUUUGGCAUACUUGUAAUUUUCUAUCAUUAUUUUGUGCCAUUUCAUUUUUCAUCCCCUGUUUGAAGUGAAGAACAUUAGCCUGUUUUCUUAUCUUGAUAGUUCUUAUACUGCACAAGGUCUGGAUUAACUAGACAAUUUUCAAAAGUUGGAAUUGCCACUUUCUGGGACCCCCUUUGACGAUGUCCGGUUCCUCUGGAGACUCGGUUGGCCCGAGGUAUCCCCUCUCGGCCAAAGACCUGAUCAACCCGACAGACAGUAUCAAGAUGAAGAUGUUCUCCUUCCUCGCCACUUCGCUCUCCUUCUUCGCCUACGGGGCUCUAGUCCUGUCUGUCUUCUCAGAGUACUGGCUUUUCACUUAUGAGUCUACAGUCCAGAACAUCAAUGGAAAUGAGACCAGAAUCACUCAAGUCGUCCAUUCUGGACUGUGGAAGUUCUGCUACCAAAAAGACAAUGCACGCGGGGAUGUAAAGGUGAACCUGUCCAGUCUUCCGUGGCGAGUGGACAGCGACCUCUGUUGCGAAGUGACCUUGACCGGACCCCUUCAGAGGUCAUCCUCCACACUCGGAGCCAUACAACGUAUUGUGCGCAAUACUCUCAUCUACCCUUGCUUCUGUCUGGUGGUGUUGAUGAGCGGACUACUGGUGAAUGUGAUGGGCUACUUCUCCACUCUGUACAAGAGAAUCUACUUCUUCCUCAGUGGCGUCUUCUUCGUCAUCGCAGGUCUGUUCAUAAUCCUGAGCCUGGUGACGUAUGCGGCCACUACUAACAGCAUAGCCGAGGGCUGGCCGAGUGUGAUAGGGAAGAGUGCGGCCGAGAUGAAGUACAGCUACGGGUGGUCCUUCUUCCUCUGUGGCUUCUCGCUCCUUUCUUCCGAGGGCGCAGGAGUGUUCGCUCUCUACUACUUCCUCGCAGCGUCUUCUAACAUGCACAAAACUUCUAAUCACCAGACCUUCCAGCGCCCUGUGAGUCCAGUCCAAGGAAUUCUCCGAAAUGGGAAUUCGGCCAAUGGAGCAGCCUAUACUAUGAUUCGGAACCCGGCAAAUGACUCAAUCCACCAAACUCUCUCAGCCACGACAUCCGCCGGAAACUACCCGAGCGAAGACUCAACCGAGCUGAUUUUUAAGAACAAACCACAGUAUCCAGCGGCCGUCACGUUUUAUCCGUUUUUCAUACCCAACGGCGACGAUAUUGGAAAAUAAUCACUUUGAACUAAUAUUUGUAAACAUGUAAAUGAAUCUGUAACUUUAUGAAUUCAGGAACUUCAACUUAUUUGCGAGCAAAUUAAAAUUUGUUAUCUCA